AUGAUCAUCACAGUCGCAAUCGCUCUCGCGGCCAUCAAGGGCAUCUUCACCGCAGCACCUCCCGCACCCGUUUUAGACCACGUCGCAGACACAACAACCACCUCCGUCAAGUCCUCCACCAACGGGUCUACCGCCACUACUAUCACAACCACCACCACCACUUUGUCCUCCUCCUCCUCGACCAUCAACGGAUCCGCUGACACCACCACCGUCGUCUCUGAAAAGUCCCUCUCCUCACCUGAAGGCGAGAAGCGCGACAAAAAGGACAAAAAGGACAAAAAGGACAAGAAGGAAAAGAAGGACAAGGGUGACAAACCACCAGCCACAGAAGAAGAAAAAGAAGACCUAAACAUCCCCUAUAUCUCCUCCGAAGACUGCAACGCCUGCCCAACACCCUGCAAAGACGAAGACCACCCACAUUACCCUUCCUACCUCAAGAUCGACCAUGAAAUGCCCCUCCUCCACUCCAUGAAACCCUACAUCCGUCACGUCCUCAUCUCGACCGGCCAAGACGAUUGGGACGCGCAUAUUGACUCUGAUCCUACCCAACUGGCGCACCAUAUGCAGAAGGCGAUUGAUGCGGGACAACAACGACUCAGGGAUGAGAAUGGAGGAAAGGAUGUGCCUAGGAUUGUGCUGACGAAUUCGUCGAGGAAGGCAGAGACUUGGGAUGGUCCGGGCUGGCAGGUGGUCAUCUUGCCGGAUCAGAUUGUUGUGAAUGAUGUUUUGCCUGAUCAGUGUGAUGAUUUCUUUGAGGCUUUCUUGAGGCCUGCGGUCGGGGCUGUCUUUGAUAGACCUAUUACUACCACCGUCGCUGAUGCCUCCAACAAAGAAAUCCAGGUCGAGAAGGAUGGCGGACAAGACUUCUCAACAGUCUCGAUCUCUACCGCAAACGGUGCACCAGAGGUCUCGUCCGCAAGCUCAACAUCCACCGAACAAUCCGCCGACGGCUCAACCCGCACCAUCACCACCACUACCACCACAACUGCAUCCUCCAUCCGGACCAUCUCUGCCUCAUCCUCAUCCUCCUCGAUCCACUCAACCGCCUCCACCAUCACCGGUCCCGGCCACUUCCACCACUCCACCAGCGACACAACCCGUCAAGUACAAGCCGGCUCCACAACCUUCCUCGCCCACCGGUGGCUCCCCAAAUCCGCCAUUAUGAUCUGCUCCCACGGAAAACGCGACAACCGCUGCUCCAAAACCGCCCCGCUUCUCAAAAAGCAAUUCCUCCAAUGCCUCCGUCGAAAGGACAUCUAUGGCGACGCCGAGGGCGACGUCGAGAUCUGGUUGGUCUCCCAUAUCGGCGGGCACAAGUUUGCCGGAAACGUGAUUGUACACAGAUCGGAGCCCGAGGAGAAGACGAGUAUGGCGAUUUGGUAUGGAAGAGUGGAGCCUUGUCAUGCGACAGCGAUUGUUGAGGCGACGAUUGAGAGAGGAGAGGUUAUUCGGGAGUUGUACCGGGGCGCCAUGUUGGGCAGUUUUGAUCCCUCCAAGAAGAAGAAGGUCGCCUGGUAA